AUGAGCUCAUCCAGAGAGUCUCCCCCAUCUGUCCCGUCUCCUCCCCCUCUGUCCAGUCUCCCCCAUCUGUCCUGUCUCCUCCCCUCUGUCCAUCUCCCCCAUCUGUCCAGUCUCCUCCCCUCUGUCCUGUCUCCCCCCCUCUGUCCUGUCUCCUCCCCCUCUGUCCUGUCUCCCCCCCACUGUUCUGUCUCCUCCCCUCUGUCCAGUCUCCCCCCUCUGUCCUGUCUCCUCCCCUCUGUCCUGUCUCCUCCCCCUCUGUCCAGUCUCCCCCCUCUGUCCAGUCUCCCCCCUCUGUCCAGUCUCCCCCCUCUGUCCUGUCUCCUCCCCUCUGUCCUGUCUCCUCCCCUCUGUCCUGUCUCCCCCCCUCUGUCCUGUCUCCUCCCCCUCUGUCCUGUCUCCCCCCCACUGUUCUGUCUCCUCCCCUCUGUCCUGUCUCCCCCCUCUGUCCUGUCUCCCCCCCACUGUUCUGUCUCCUCCCCUCUGUCCAGUCUCCCCCCUCUGUCCUGUCUCCUCCCCUCUGUCCAGUCUCCCCCCUCUGUCCUGUCUCCUCCCCUCUGUCCUGUCUCCUCCCCUCUGUCCAGUCUCCCCCCUCUGUCCAGUCUCCCCCCUCUGUCCAGUCUCCCCCCUCUGUCCAGUCUCCCCCCUCUGUCCAGUCUCCCCCCUCUGUCCUGUCUCCUCCCCUCUGUCCUGUCUCCUCCCCUCUGUCCUGUCUCCCCCCCUCUGUUCAGUCUCCUCCCCCUCUGUCCUGUCUCCCCCCCACUGUUCUGUCUCCUCCCUCUGACCUGUCUCCCCCCUCUGUCCAGUCUCCUCCCCCUCUGUCCUGUCUCCCCCCCUGUCCCGUCUCCAUCCCCUCUGUCCCGUCUCCCCCCUCUGUCCAGUCUCCUUCCCUCUGUCCUGGCCCCCCCCUCUGACCUUUCUCCUCCCUCUGACCUGGCUCCUCCCCCCUGUCCAGUCUCCCCCCUCUGUCCUGCCCCCCCCCCUCUGUCCAGUCUCCCCCCCUCUGUCUAG